AUGACUGUGUCAAAAAUUGUACAUCUGCCAUGCAACGUUUAUAUUGCUUUACAAAAAGACUUCAGCCAAAUUCGCAACGUGAAGACACGAAAUCACCCGAAAUGGUGGUGUGACAACAGGACUGAAUUUGACGGGGACGCGGAAAGGUCGCCCCCGGAAACAUCACCCCCCUACGUCAUAAUGACGUCAGAGACUGGGGGCGUCUGCAACUUUCUUCUGUGGAAAAGCUGUUGUCCAAGCGACAAUAAUAAUGAACGAGCGGCCAACCCUCAGAACAAUGGACUGGGGAGGACGGGCAGCAGCUCCGGCCACUUGUCGGACUUGGAGUCGGGAGAGGAGUUUUUGGAGGUGUGCAACUCCGGAUUCAGCGAUGACAACUUGCUCGGAUCUACUGACCCGGACUUUGAGGGCCUCUGUUUCAAAGGACAGGUGGAUAGAGAAGCACACCGGACUUAUCCUUCUACUACAGCCAAUGUCUCGACGCAGCAGAACAGUUUGAAACCACAAGAAGACGAAGAUAGGAUUGAGAACAAAGGUCGAAAAGAGAGAACAGCCUUUACCAAGCAGCAGUUAGGUCAACUAGAAGGCGAGUUCCAUCACUCUAACUACUUGACGAGACUACGAAGAUACGAGAUUGCCGUUGCCCUAGAUCUGACUGAAAGACAAGUCAAGGUUUGGUUUCAAAAUCGCAGAAUGAAAUGGAAGAGAUCAAAGAGUGAGCUGGCCAAUCCACAGAAAUCUGAGAGAGCAGUUAAGAAUUCUGCUUAA